AAGAAACAAUUCGGCGAAGAAGUGAGACAAAGAAGAAGAAGAAGAAGAAGAAAAGGGUUGCCUUAAAAUCACCAUAAUAUUGUUUAUUUUGUUCAUACAAAAACUGGGUCUUCGACUUUCUCGAAGACCGAUUAAGGACUCUACAACUAGGUGUUGAUUUCCAUUGGGUAAUAGAAGCAAUUAAUGGAAAGUAGAGGCCAAAAGCGUCCAGAAAUGGUAGAUGAACUGCCUGCUGAUAAGCGGGCGUGUAGUUCAUUGGAUUUUAGACCAAGUUCUUCAAACUCAUCUGUUCAAACACAUUUGAAUUCAACACGCUCAAUGGUGGAGGCCCAUGAUAAUGACAUGGAUACUUCCUCAUCUGCUUCAGCUUCAAGCCGAUCAGAGGGAGAACCAGAAAAGGAUUCAGCUUAUGGAUCAUGUGAUUCAGAUGACAUGGAGCAGCAUCAUAGCAGUCUCCAUGAGUAUCAUAGGCGGAGACUAUCCAGUGAUCAUGGGAAAUUUAAAAAUAUUAUAUCAAGCUUGAGUGGACAGACUGAACCUUCUGCUCAAUUGGCAGUACUCACUGAACUUUGUGAAAUUUUGUCCUUUUGUACGGAGGGUUCACUUUCCAGCAUGACUUCGGACUUAUUAUCACCACUACUUGUAAAGCUGGCAAAGCAUGAGAGUAACCCUGAUAUAAUGUUGUUUUCUAUAAGGGCUAUCACCUAUAUUUGUGAUCUGUAUCCUCGAUCAGCUGGUUUUCUUGUUCGCUAUGAUGCUGUUCCUGCUUUGUGUGAAAGAUUAUUGGCUAUUGAGUAUCAAGAUGUGGCUGAGCAGUGUCUCCAAGCAUUGGAGAAAAUAUCGCGAGAGCAACCACUUGCUUGCUUACAGGCUGGGGCGAUUAUGGCUGUUCUAAAUUAUAUUGACUUCUUUUCAACAAGCAUACAGAGAGUGGCUCUUUCUACUGUGGUGAACAUAUGUAAGAAGCUUCCUUCAGAAAGCCCUUCUCCUUUCAUGGAGGCUGUGCCCAGAUUAUGCAAUCUUCUUCAGUAUGAGGAUCGGCAGCUUGUCGAAAACGUUGCUACCUGCUUGAUUAAAAUUGUGGAGCGAGUUGCUCAGUCCUCUGAAAUGUUGGAUGAACUUUGUAAGCAUGGAUUGAUUCAACAGGUCACACAUCUUUUAAGUUUAAAUGGUCGGACAACCCUAUCUCAAUUAAUUUAUAAUGGAUUGAUAGGAUUACUUGUCAAACUUUCAUCUGGAUCAAUUGAAGCCUUCAAGAUUUUGUAUGAGCUUAAUAUAAGCAGCAUAUUGAGAGAUAUAUUAUCUACAUUUGACCUCUCACAUGGAGUAUCAACGUCACAACUUGUUGGUGGACAUUGUAAUCGGGUAUAUGAAGUACUUAAACUGCUAAAUGAGCUUCUCCCCAGCCUGGCUAAAGAUCAGAAUGAUCAACUGGUGCUAGACAAAGAAUCCUUUCUAGCUAAUCACCCAGAUCUCCUACAAAAGCUUGGGAUAGAUGUGUUUCCUAUGUUGAUCCAGGUGUUUAAUUCUGGUGCGAGUUUACAUGUUUGCCAUGGAUGUCUAUCUGUUAUGUACAAGUUAGUUUGUUUGAGCAAAUCUGACAUGCUUGUUGAAUUGCUUAAGAACGCCAGUAUUUCAAGUUUUUUGGCUGGAGUAUUCACUCGAAAGGAUCACCAUAUGCAAAUGCUAGCCUUACAAAUAGCUGAGAUAAUCCUUCAAAACUUUUCAGAUAAUUUUUUGAAGUUGUUUGUAAAGGAAGGUGUCUUUUUUGCCAUUGAUGCACUAUUAACCCCAGAAAGAUCGUCACAAUUGAUGUACCCAGUAUUUAGUGGCAUCCAGCUGUCAUUGGACUCCAGUCAAAAGUCUGCUACAAGAGAUGCCCUCAAGUGCCUAUGUUAUGCAUUUUCGACUGGCCAAUCUCCCACAUCAUCAGAAGCCGGAAAUUGCAAACUUGACAAAGACUCUGUUUAUAAUCUUGCAGAGCAUAUAAAAACAAAAUACUUAGCACCAGAAAUAUAUGAUUCUGAGAAAGGAUUGACUGAUGUUCUGCAGAAUCUCAGGGAACUUUCUAAUGUUCUGUUUAGCAUGUCUACUGACAAUGGUGCUCUUGCACUUCAUGAGGAGAAGAUCAAUAAUAUAUUAUAUCAAAUUAUGGACAAGCUUACUGGCAAGGAACAAGUUUCUACUUUUGAAUUUAUAGAGAGUGGAGUUGUGAAAUCACUAAUUAAUUAUUUAUCUCAUGGACAAUAUAUGAGGGAAAAUGAGGGAGUACAAGGUGUUUGUGGUCAUAAUGCUAUCAUAGAAAAACGAUUUGAGGCUUUGGCAAGUGUGUGUAUGUAUGCUUCUCACCCUCUCUCUGGCGACACACCUCUCUCUAUAUUAAUCAAGAUCCUGCAGAGUGCACUGACUUCAUUUGAAGCCUUCCCCAUUAUUCUGAGCAAUGGACCAAAACAGAGAAGUUCAUUUGCUACUGUUCCUAAUGGGUGUCGCAUUCCUUAUCCUUGCCUAAAAGUCCAUUUCGUCAGGGGAGAACAAGAGACUUGCUUGAGUGACUACACUGAGGAUUUUCUUACUGUUGAUCCAUUUUCUUCUUUGCAUGCCAUUGAAAGAUAUCUAUGGCCAAAGGUCAGUGUGAAAAACACAAAGGAUGUAAGAUCAUCAUCCAGCCAAGUAGUAUUGCAACCAGAAAGUCCACCCCUUCAAUCACCAUCAAAUGCAAAUUCCUGCCGAGUUGAAAUUCCGGUAAUUUUGGGGCCUUCUGACAUGUCAUCAGAUCUACGUGAAACACAGGGAGAAGAGCCAAAUUUGUCAGAGCCUAGACCUGAUCAAGCAAUCAAUUUCAGUGCUGGGGAAUCAUCAUCCUCCGGAACUCAGGGGUAUGCAGAGGAAGGACUGGAAUUCAAUGCAGAACCAGACUCGAAACUAGAAAAACAGCAUCCUGAAUCUUGUAGCCAUGAAGCUGUUCAAAAACUUGUUUUUUACCUUGAUGGACAGCGUCUGAAUCAUAAAUUGACACUAUAUCAGGCAAUUCUUUGCCAAAUAAUAAAACAAAAUGAUUGUUUUUCUAGUGCAAAAAUGUGGAGUCAAGUGCAUAGAUUAACCUAUAGAAGGGCUGAGAAAUGGGAGGACAUAAUGCCUCCAGAAUGUCAUUCUUCACCUCAAGAUUUCUCUAAUGAUAAAGUUUUAGCUUAUUAUCAGCAUGCUCCUUUUUUGUCAGACAUGUUCUCUUGUGAACUUGUUUCUGAUUUGGAGAAGUCAAGUCCAACUUAUGAUAUUUUGUUUCUUCUUAAAAUCUUGGAAGGAUUGAACAGAUUUAUGUUUCACCUUAUGUCUCGGGAAAGAAUUUGUGCUUUUGCUGAAGGGAAAGUUGAUAACUUGGAUGGCCUAAAAAUAACAGUUCAUUCUGUCCCACAAAAUGAGUUUGUGAGCAGUAAGUUGACGGAGAAGUUGGAGCAACAGAUGAGGGACUCUAUGGCUGUCUCCACUGGUGGUAUGCCUUUGUGGUGUAAUCAGUUAAUAGCUUCCUGUCCUUUCCUAUUUAGUUUUGAGGCAAGGUGCAAGUACUUCAAAUUGGAAGCGUUUGGUCAGCCUCAAAUCCAACAUCUUCUGUCUUACAACAACUCAGGAACAGUAAGUGAUAGGCGACUGAGCCUCAGUGGAUUGCCUCGAAAGAAGUUCUUAGUUUAUCGCCACCGGAUCCUGGAGUCUGCUGCACAAAUGAUGGACCUACAUGCCAGUCAUAAAGUGGUUCUUGAAGUGGAAUAUGAUGAAGAAGUAGGCACUGGUCUUGGACCAACUUUAGAAUUUUAUACCUUGGUGUGCCAGGAGUUCCAAAAAUCUGGCUUGGGCAUGUGGAGAGAGGAUGCUUCUUCCUUUUCCCUCAAGACAAACUUGCAGGAUGAGGAAAUCGGAAUUUAUUCCUUUUAUGGACUCUUUCCUCGUCCAUGGUCGUUAAUGCAAGAUACAUCCAGUGGCGUACAGUUCUCUGAAGUAACAAAGAAAUUUUCCCUUUUUGGCCAAGUUGUAGCUAAAGCACUUCAAGAUGGAAGGGUCUUAGAUCUCCACUUCUCUAAAGCCUUCUAUAAACUUUUUCUUGGAAAGGAACUUUCUUUGUAUGACAUACAGUCAAUUGAUCCUGGACUUGGUAGGGUGCUGCUAGAGUUUCAAGCACUAGUUAACCGGAAAAGGUUUCUGGAAUCUGUCUGUGGAGGGAAUUCUGAGUUGGAAUAUGGAUUAAGAUUUCGUGAUACCAGAAUUGAGGAUCUUUGUCUUGAUUUUACUCUUCCUGGUUAUCCUGACAUUGUUCUUGCUUCAAAGCCUGAUCAUACAAUGGUAAAUAUGAGAAACCUGGGGGAUUAUGUUUCACUUAUUGUCGAUGCAACUGUGAGCUCCGGAAUUUCAAGACAAGUUGAAGCUUUUAAAUCUGGCUUUAACCAGGUUUUCCCCAUUGAACAUCUUUCAAUUUUCAAUGAAGAAGAACUUGAGCGUAUGCUUUGUGGAGAGCAUGAUUCUUGGGCUAUCAAUGAACUUGCAGAUCACAUUAAGUUCGAUCAUGGGUACACUGCCAGCAGUCCUCCCAUUGUUAAUUUAUUGGAAAUUAUCCAAGAGUUUGACAAUGAACAGCGACGAGCAUUUCUGCAGUUUGUGACUGGCACACCUCGGCUUCCUCCAGGAGGAUUGGCAUCUCUUAAUCCCAAGUUAACUAUUGUCCGAAAGCAUUGUAGCAACCGGGCUGACACGGACCUACCUAGCGUGAUGACUUGCGCAAAUUAUCUUAAACUACCUCCGUACUCAUCAAAAGAAAGGAUGAAAGAGAAGCUCCUGUAUGCCAUAACAGAGGGUCAAGGAUCUUUCCACCUUUCAUAACUUAAUUAUUCUCUUGCCUGGAUCCGUAUUUGGAUUCUGAAGCUGUAAUUAUUAGUUGGUAAUUGAUAGUAACAUAGAUAAGGGUGUUAACAAGUUGCUGGCAGUGGUCUCAGUUGAGUUACUGGCAGUGGUGGUCACAACGAGUUACUUGGGGAUGAAGCUCCUGUUCUUCACUGACUACAAUUGUUGGGGGUGUGUACAUAGCUUGCUGAUAAUUAGUUGACUGACUUGUGUCAGCUGUACAGAAACGGAUGGCACUUUCCCUGGUCACGCUUUGUUAUUUGGUGUAUAGUUUCGUGUACAGGAACCUUAAUGACUAUUAGUAUUUUACAUGCAAUGAUAAUAGCUGCUAUCUUUGC